AUGUCACGGAUUUUGGUUGCGUUUCUGCUGCUCGGAGUGAGCUGCUCCCUGGCAGAUCCCAUUCCCCGGAAUGACGAGGCUGUGAUACCUCAGCUCGAUGGACGCAUUGUCGGCGGACAGGACACGAACAUCACCCACUAUCCGCAUCAGAUCUCGAUGAGGUACAGGGGAAAUCACCGAUGCGGUGGCUCUAUUGCCACCCCGAACAUCAUCAUCAGUGCGGCCCACUGUGUGAACACCCUGACUGGUCCGGCAAACCUGACCAUUGUGGCUGGCUCCUCGAACAUCUGGUUCCCCACUGGUCCUCAGCAGGAGUUGGCUGUGCGUGAGUUCAUCGUCCAUCCGAAGUACCGCACCCUGAACAACGACUACGAUGCGGCCAUAUUGAUUCUGGAUGGAGAGUUCGAGUUCAACGAUGCCGUACAGCCCAUUGAGCUGGCCAAGGAGCGUCCGGAACACGAUACUCCCGUGACGGUGACCGGCUGGGGAACCACCAGCGAGGGUGGCACCAUCUCCGACGUCCUCCAGGAGGUCAGCGUGAACGUGGUGGAGAACACGCAGUGCAAGAGCUCGUACUCCAUCAUGCUGACCAGUCGAAUGCUCUGCGCCGGAGUCACCGGCGGCGGUAAGGAUGCCUGUCAGGGAGAUUCCGGUGGCCCGCUGGUCUACAAGAACGAACUGCUGGGCAUUGUCUCCUGGGGAACGGGCUGCGCCCGGGAGAAGUACCCCGGAGUCUAUUGCUCCGUUCCGGAUGUUCGCGAUUGGCUGGAGGAGGCCCUAGAGGCCAACAAGGAUGUGGGCAAAAUUGACUUCCUGUAAUGUUGUUAUAUCCUGUGCCUUCACUUAACACUUACUUUUUUAGCGCCUCCAAAAUUACAUAAGGAGAUUACCAAUACAGUCGAUAACAUAGUA